CGCGUGAUCUCCUAGUAAGUCUAAGUACAAGUUUGCACGUUGUCGGAUCAUUAUUGCACAACCCGCCGACAGAGAGGGACAGCACAGGUACAAUGGUAGCCGAAGUUGACAGUUGCAGGUUAGCAAACGCCCAAUAGUAUGAAGACGUGUCUGCGUGUCUAGUUCAGCAACUCUGGGAUAGUACAUAGAUGCAGGAUCCAUGCCAGGGCCUCAGGUUGAAACUGCGAUGAGACUGGGACGGCUGGGACGGCCGCCAUCGAUCAUAUUUCUAGGCCACACGAUAGCACGUCAGUAUUAAGGAUCCUUGGGCUCAUGCACAUUCGGAACCCUGGGGUGUGCAAAUUGAAAGAAUGGGCAUAGUAAGGCAAGUGUUCAUACGAGUAACCCUUCAUGUGCACCAUGGUCGAAAGUGAAUGACUGCCUUGGUGUUGGAUCUCUGGUCUGCCUUCAAGGAAGAUGAACCUCUGCCAGUUCUUUUUUACACAGCCACCUGCUCGAGUGAACCGGGUCACAUAUCGACUCCCUCGAAAGUGCAUUCCGAUCGACGACGCAGCCCUUGCAAUGCCAAAACACACUCGAAAACGCCAAAAACUUGCCAAAGAUGAAGCCGUAAAACCACUCGGUUCCAACCAUCUCGCCGUUUUGACAGACGACGCGAGCAAAGACGAUGAAGAAAGACGUCUGGAAAGCAUGCUAUUUGGCACUCCUUAUGUUCCGUCGUCCUCCUCUUCUUCGUCAAAGAAAAAGACAGGGUUGGAUGUCGAGGCUGGGCUCGUAAUUACCGACGAAGAAGAGCCAGACGCAGGGGCGGAGUCGAAGGAAUUGGAACACAUGCUGGAUUCAGAUCUGUUCUUCAUUGAUGACGGUGUGGCACCCUCAACCUCGGACAGUUCUACUGUUCCGGACGCGGCACAGCUGGUCAUCCGGAAGUACCACAGUGAAAGCGAGAGCGAUGAUGAUGAAGAUGAUGAAGAGGAAAAUAGUGCACAAGAAACAGAUGAAGUUGAACACAUCUCUCAGGAGACCGAAAGUAUACCCGAGAUCGUCACCGAAGAACAAGACCAGACCACUUCCGCAGGGGAUGCGCAACCCGGCCGUAAAGCACCUGCAUGGGUAGACCCUGAUGACGCAAAUUUGCAAGUAUCCCUAACUGCGCACAGUCGUCUUCGAAAACUCCGUGAUGCACCUUCAGAAGAUACGGUCAACGGUCGAGAGUACGAGCGCAAGCUGCGCCGUCAAUUCGAACGUAUCAACCCAACCCCAGAGUGGGCAACAAAAGCACGGAAAAAGCUACACCCUUCAAAACGGAGGAGAUCGUCCGGUUCUGACUCCGACGUCGAUAACACUAUCGAAGAUAUCCUCCCUGACCUCCUAGCAUCAACAGGCGGCAUAUCGGCUGGGAAAAAACCGAGGGUGUUGACCCAGGGCGUGAUAUCAGUCGACUGUCUGCGUGAUGCCAACCAGGCAGCUCCCGCAGAGGGUGAAAUUAAAUCCGUCCAGUUUCACCCUUCCCCUCAGAUCCCCGUUCUCCUCACGGCAAGCACAGACAGACGUUUGAGGCUUUUCCACGUCGAUGGUUUGACAAACCCUCACGCACAAACUCUUCACAUCCCCUCUCUUCCCAUUACCAAUGCUGUUUUCCACCCGUCCGGCUCUUCCAUCUUCAUGACCGGUCCACGCCCCUUCUACUACACCUACGACUUCCAAUCUGGAGCGUCCCACCGCUCGCCGCGUGGGCUUUGGGGAACUACAUUCUCAUCAGCAAACCAAGAUACCAGCAUGGAGACGUGCGCGUUCAGCCCCGAUGGUGAUGUCCUUGCUGUAGCAGGCCGCCGUGGUUACAUUCAUCUCGUCGAUUGGCGCUCAGGGUCGGCGCAGGUCGUGGCGGGACUCAAGGCAAACGCAGCCGUCAAGUCGUUGUGGUGGUCUAGGGUACAGGACGGUGAGCUCCUAAGUCUGACGCAGGAUUCGCAGGUGUAUGUGUGGGACAUACGACAGCGAAAAUGUGUUAAGCGAUGGCAGGACGAGGGUGGAUUUGGCAGCAAAAUAAUGAGCGGAGACCAACGGGGUAACUAUCUGUCCAUUGGUUCGAACAUUGGGCUUGUCAACGUCUACAACGCUCGAAGUCUAGGUGAAGACUCGAAGCCAAAACCUCUCAAAACCCUGGGCAACUUGACGACGAAUAUCUCAUGUCUACGGUAUAACCACGACUCCCAGUUGCUUGCCAUGGCUAGCAACGUCAAAAGGGACCAACUACGUUUGGUCCACCUUCCAUCUCUGACGGUUUAUGGCAAUUGGCCAACGACCAAAACACCUCUUGCUCACGUUACUUCCAUGGACUUUUCCGUAGGAAGCGAGUAUUUCGCGAUAGGCAACAAUAAGGGCCGUGUCCUGCUGUAUCACCUUAGGGACUUCGCGCAACAAUGAUGACAUC